AUGGCAGAAGAAUAACACUUGAAUGAGGAUUCUAAAAAGAAUGUAGGUUAAAUGGGAGCCAAAGUAGUUCCACGAGGUUCAAAAGAAAUUUCUAACAUAUUGGGAGAUCGUAGAUCUUCCUAUAAUGUAGAUGGGAUUGAUCAUGUAGUUGUUGAUGAGUAAUUAUACAUAAUAAUUGCAGAAUCACUGAUCAAAAACAAGUUGGAAUUCCACUGAUAGAUAAGAUUGUAAUUAUUUUGGUUGUCCUCUUUACGUUACUGGUGUUCAUUAACUUCUCAUUUACAUGUAACUUACUUUGUAAUAAUUUGUAUAGCUAAUGAUGCUAAAGAAGAUCCUGACAUAGAAAAGACUUUAUUUAUAACUAAAAUAAUUGAAUUAGUCAUUCUCAUUCUAUUUGUUUUAGAAAUUUCAUUCCGAUGUAUCAAUGUUGGACCUAUAGUAUAUGACAUUUAUAUAAAUUAGACAUACUUUUCAGAUUUAUGGUCUGUUUUUGAUGCUCUAAUUAUAGUUGCUUCAAUCGUUUUAAUUAUUCUCGAUCUAAAUUUAGAAGGUGAAGCAUUUACAACGAUUAGCAAGGUUUUAAGAGGAAUCUUCAGAUUCUUAAGGCUAUUUUUAGUCUUUCGAAAAGUAAAUUUCUAUAAUAUAUAUUUUAAAACAGUUUAAUCAAGUCAAAAAGAUAAAUAAUGCAGGGACUAGAUAUGUUGUUCGUUCCCCAGUUGAGAAAGUGAUUGAAAUAAUGAGAGAUCUUGCUGAUCAAUUUGAGGAUCCAGAUAUUAUAAAACAAUUGAAUUGGGGAAUAACUCAUAUUUCUAAUAAUACUGUUUAUGAACCAAUUAUUGAGGGUAAAAAGAGUGAAGCUUUGGGAUGGCUUAAUUAACCACAAUAACAAUAAUAGAUUUCUUAGGAAUUGAAACGUUCAAUGUCAUCUGAUAUAUAAUUUACUGAUGAAUCUCAUUUGCCAGAAUAAUUAAAAUAAGAUUUUGAAUAAAACAUCUUAAAUCUAGAUUAUGAUUACUUUUCUCUUUUUUAAAAAUAUGAUAGUUCCAUACUGACACAUUUAAUGUGUUAUUAUUUUCAAAAAGAAUAAUUGUUCAGUAAUUUAAGAAUAUCUCCAGACUCUUUUAAGAAAUGUGUUGACAAAUUAGCAUUAAGUUAUCAUAAAGAGAAUUUAUACCAUAAUGUAAUUCAUGCCUUUGAUGUUACUCAUACUGUUUAUUUUUUCAUUCAAAGAUGUAACUUUAAAGAAAUAGGUAAAUUAUCGAAAUUAGAUUAUUCUAUUCUCUUAUUGUCUGCUGCAGCACAUGAUGUUGAUCAUCCUGGUUUAAAUAACAUUUUCUUAUCAAAUACUAGACAUGAAUUGGCUAUGACAUAUAAUGAUAAGUCUCCACUUGAAUAACAUCAUGCAUCUACUUUAUUUAGAUAUAUUAGAGAAACAGAUUUAUUGGUUCAUUUUACAUUAUCAGAUUUUAAAUACUUUAGAGAAAAAUCAAUUAAUAUGAUUUUAAGUACUGACAAUGCUAUGCAUGGAAAAGGUAUUGAAUUUUAAUUUCAUAAGAUUAUAAUAAAUUAAAAGCAAGAUUGGCUUCAAAUGAUUUUGAUCCUGGAUCUAAAGAUAAAGGAAUUUGUUUUGAUACAUUAUUACAUGCUGCAGAUAUUAGUAAUCCUUUUAAACCAAUGAAAAAUUAUGAGUAAUGGACAUUUAGAGUUCUUGGAGAAUUUUGGCUUCAAGGUGAUAAAGAAAAGGAAUUAGGCCUUCCAGUAACAAUGCUUUGUGAUAGAAGAACAACAAAUGUUGCUAAAAGUUAAUUAGGAUUUAUUGAUUUUAUGGUAAAUAAAGUGAAAAAUAUUUAUAGGUUCUUCCAUAUUACAAUACUCUAUCACAAAUACUUCCAUAAUUAUCUGAGUUUAUUGAGUAAAUCACAGAAAACAAAAAAGCAUGGGCUGAAUAGAUAGAGCAUUAUCAAACUCUAUUAAAUACAUAAUGA